AGUCGACCUUCAGCCAUGUCCUCUCUAGCCACCAUUCCCCAGGAGGUUCUGGAGCAUAUCGCCUUCUUUGCUGCGACGGAUGGCUUCCUCGGCCCACCGGCAGGUAUCACAGCGCUCCUCAGCGUCGACCGCCGGACACACGCCGUGCUCUCAGUAUCUUCCAACCCGUAUCUCUGGUCCCGCAUCUUCGCGUUCAAGUUCGACGUCGCAUGUCCAUCAUGGCGUAUCGGCGAGAAGGACAGAGCCAUUGGCCCCGCGGAGGCAUGCGAGGAGUUCAAGCUCAGGUGUACGCUCCUGAAGCGCAUCCGCAGCCGCACGGACUGUCUCGCGACGUCGUACGCGCUCAGCCCUACCCACCGCGACGCCCUUCGUUCGAUCCUGUGGAUGGCGUACCUCAUGAUGCUGGAGAACGACGGCAAGAACGACCUCCAGCUCCGGGAGUACGCAAGGUUUGAUGUCUGGCUCAAGGACUUCCUCUUCCAUCCCACCGGAGCUUCCCUCGCAGCUUGGUCGGUCAAAAUAGAUCUGUGGCCGCCGAAUGACGAACGCUCGGCCCUAGCGUUAUGGCUGUUCUGGUACAUGCUGAAGCCUGAUGAGUACAUAUCGGAUGACGAUACCGCUUUCAGGGAAGCGUCCAGCGUCUUGAAGCUCUUUGCGCUCGGCGCACACCAGUACCCCCUCUGCCAGCCCCCGUGGAAUGAGUUCGCCCCUCCAAGCCGGGCCCGAGGAGGAGCGUCUGCAAUCAAGCAUUUCGGCACUUCCGUCAAGAUGGCACCGCCGGCGCCCGCCCCAUCCGCGAUCCUGGCCUAUUUGACUUUGGCGAAUAAGCUUUCGGUCUCCUGGGACACCAUACAUUACAUGAAGCCGCCUUCCGCGACCCCGCCGUCUCUCGCUGCCAACGCCUCCAGCCGGGAAUGGGAGGCCGAAUGGAUGAGAGGGCUCCACCUGGCGGACACGACGAAGCCGUUGGGCACCGCCUUCUCUGGUGCCUUCAUCUCCGGAAGCCUGGAAGGCGUCUGGGAAGGGCUCUUCACGUACACGGAGUUUACGGCAUACGCGGCGCUGCUCUCAGGCGCCCCUCCAACGGUCCUGCAACGCAGUCUCGUCGCCCACCACCCUCACCUGUGGAAGCUACGCGAACACCACCUCUAUGCCUCAGACGAGCCAGACGCGCCCGAGGUCUGGCCUGUGUCCCCAGGCAACCCGUUGCGAGGAUACAUCCCCAACGGCACCCAGAUCUCGGAGACCUCGGAGGGCGUUUUUGUGAAGGAGCCUGGACGCCCGGAGCGGGUGUUUCACAGAAGCUGGGCGAGCGUGCGGAACACACCGGCCGAGCAGCGCGGGCGGCUCGUGGACGUGUUCAUCACGGGAGAGGGCCAUUCGGCGUGGGGGCAGUUCAACCUCGUGGGGCGCAUCAGGCCGUGCGACGGGUUCAUCAGCCUGUCGAAAGAAUACGUCGAUGGCGACAGAGGGCGGUGGUUGUACCGUGGCUUCAUGGUGGGCAACGCGGAAGGGAACCUCUCGGGACGCUGGAGGGAUACCCUGAGCCCUCCUGACGUCCUGGGAUACGAGGGGUGCUUCGUGAUGAGCCGCCGUAGAUGAACCUCCUACGUCCGUCGCCGCCAACGCAGCUUGCGAUCGAUGUUAUGUAUGAUCCCUGGUAUGGACCCUUCGUCGUGUAUCCACUGUAUUGUAUCACGUAUCCAUCCAUGUGCUGAGCAUGUUACACAAUGUAGGAUAUGUAUCCGGAAUGUACACUGUAAUCUCAC